UUCUACUUCACCCGACGUAUGGUCUGUAAAAGUUUUAUAUAGAUUGAACCGUGGAACCUCGUACGGAAACUACACAACUGAGAACUUCCCGAGUUUCCGACCAUUACCAAACCCCGAAAACCAAAGGAUCAACGAUUCACUGUUCUUCUUUUUUCUUACUACUUUGGCUUCUAACAAAAAGGGAAUGGCAGAUCCUAGCGACAAACUCAGAACUGUAAUCUGCUUAGGAGACAUCCAUGGUUACCUCACCAAACUCCUCAAUCUUUGGUCCAACCUCCAAUCACAAAUCGACCCUGACUCUUUCAACACCGCCACCAUCAUCUUCCUAGGUGAUUACUGUGACCGUGGACCCGACACACGCAAAGUGAUAGAUUUUUUAAUCUCCUUGCCGAAGCGAUAUCCAAAUCAGAAGCAUGUUUUUUUGUCGGGAAACCAUGAAUUCGCUUUCGCCCGGUUUAUCGGGGUGUUGGAGGGGGAGUUUGAAGCGAAGGAGACGUGGAAGGAGUAUGCUGAUAAUGAGGAAAUAGAAGGGUGGUAUAAGGGUGAAGGGUAUGAAAAGAUGCAUUUGCAAGGCAGGAUAUGGGGUGGUUGGUUUGAUGUUGCCCAAGGGAUUGACUGUAAAGGUUCCAUUUUCGAUGCUGCUCCUACCUUUGGAUCUUAUGGAGUUUCUCAUGGAUCUUCUGAGUUGAUGAAGGUUGUUCCUGAAGACCACAAGAAAUUUCUAGCAGAUGUGGUUUGGGUUCAUGAAGAGGAUGAUGUCUGUAUUGAGACACAGGAAGGAGUUAAACAUUGUAAAUUGAUUGCUGUACAUGCUGGUUUAGAGAAAGGUAAGAAUGUCCGAGAGCAGCUGGAGUUUUUGAAAGCCAAAGACGUCAGUGUGCCCCAGGUAACAGGUCUCAGCGGGAGGAAGAAUGUUUGGGAUAUCCCUGAGGAGCUAACUGAGACAAUUGUGGUGAGUGGUCACCAUGGGAAACUUCACAUAGAAGGUCUGAGAUUGAUCAUUGACGAAGGCGGAGGAUUGGAGGGUAAUCCGUUGGCUGCAAUUGUGCUUCCUUCGAUGAAGAUAGUCCGCGACACUGAUAAUUUAUCUUAGUUUCAUGGUUUUAGAAGACGGUCAUCUAUAUGCUUUGCUUUCUAAAUUUAACAAAACAUGUAAUCCCUUGUGUUAGGGACAUUAAGUUUGUUCAAGUUGAUACGGAUAAAUGUGGAGGCAUAGCUUCUCUUGAAUAUUACAAGUGUACCUCCUAUAAAUAAAAAACAUUUAUCUGAAUUUAUCUAUAAAUUUAUUCACUUAGAAUGUUCA